UCACUCAGUCACUCGCUCACUUAGGACGGACUCGGCGGGUCCGGGGAGUCUAGUGAGCGGCUCACUGCAGCAGUUGGGACUCUGGAGUGCAGUUUUCCGCACAAGCUCUCAUUCGCGCUGCAAUUUUUUUUUGCAAAAUUGUGUUCGCCUUAGAUGCAGAGCUAUCUGCAAGGUUUUGGAGGAUUUAAAGUCAUUCUUUGUCACAACGGAGAAAGACUGAAAACAGUGUUUAAGAAGGUACACCGAGGAGGUCCGUAGUGUACUGACGCUAAACCUUUUGCCGCUACCCCACACUUUCAGUUGUGGUUAAUUGAACUCGAGCGUAUAGGGAAUUACAGUGCCGUGCAACUGCAGUGAGGACAGAAAAGGGGGAAGAAGAAAAAAAGACAUAAAAAGGUGAACGGCGGGAAUGGCUUCAUCUCCGUGUGGCAGCAACGGCAGCAGCAGCAGCUUUGAUUCUGGACUGGAGAUCAAAACUCGAUCGGUGGAGCAGACGCUCAUCCCUCUGGUAUCGCAGAUUACCACCUUGAUCAAUCACAAAGAUAAGCCAAAGAAGUCAGAAAAAACACUACAUGCCAUUCAGAGAGUUGGGCAAGCAGUGAACCUGGCUGUUGGAAGAUUUGUUACAGUAGGAGAGGCCAUAGCAUUAGAGAAUGAAGAGCUGAAAGAGGAAAUGAGUUUUGCGUGCCUAGAGGCACGAAGGGCUGGAGAUACUAUUGCACAGCUCACUGAUGUGAUUACAUUGGAUCAGCCUGAGUCAGAUGAACGAGCAACAAUUUUCAGUGACAAGACCGGGAUGGUAAAGGCAGCAAGAAUGCUCUUGUCAUCAGUUACUAAGGUCCUUGUGCUGGCAGACAGAAUAGUUAUCAAGCAGAUCAUCAAUUCCCGAAACAAGGUUUUGGUGACCUUAGAACAUUUGGAAAAGGUCAGCAGCUUUCAGGAGUUUGUGCAAAUUUUCAGUCAGUUUGGAAAUGAGAUGGUGGAGUUUGCUCAUCUGACAGGAGACAGACAAAAUGACUUGAAAGAUGAAAAGAAGAAAGCCAGAAUGGCAGCAGCCAGAGCAGUCCUUGAAAAGUGCACUAUGAUGCUUUUAACAGCUUCCAAGACAUGUUUACGGCAUCCAGACUGUGAAUCUGCAAGAAUUAAUAAAGAUGGUGUUUUCCACCGCAUGCGAUUGGCACUGGACCAGGUGAUUGAGAUCGUCACAGACUCACGGACCAGUGGAGAAGGGGAGGUCCAAGUUGUUAGCAUUUAUACUGGAAUUAAAGAGUUUAAGAACAGAGUGGAAGGCUUGCGAGAGAACCUGUAUAUUGUCUCCAAGGAUAACCUUUUAGCAAUGCUUGACGCAAUGCUGGAGCACACAGAAGAUUUUACAGACUCUGCUUAUACUAGUCAUGAGCACAGGGAGUGUAUCCUUGAACUGUCAAGGCAAGCAAGAGUGGAGCUUGAGCAGCUUAUUACUGCCUGGAUACAAGCUCAGUCUUUCAAAGCCAAAGAAGCAAAUGAAGAAUUUGAGGUGGCCAUUCUUAAAACAUGUCAGUGUAUGAAUGUUCUAAAGAGAGAGCUACACAAUGCAGCAGUGGAGUUGACCACAGAUUUGCUAAAACAUCAUGCUGAACACACUGUCUUAAAAGCCUUAAAGAUUUCUGGUGGUGAUGGUAAAUUGGAAGCUGUAGCCGAAUACACUUGUAAACUGUCUGAACAAAAGGAGCAGCUGGUUGAGGCCUGUCGACUUUUGAGACACAUUUCAGGAACUGAACCAUUGGAAAUAACAUGCAUUCAUGCUGAAGACACAUUUCAGGUUAUUGGUCCUCAGAUUUUCUCAGCAGCUCAGACACUGGCACUCCAUCCAUCUAGCAAAAUUGCAAAAGAAAACUUGGAGGUGUUUUGUGAAGCUUGGGAGUCUCAGCUAAGUGACAUGUCUGUACUGUUGCGGGAAAUCAAUGAUGUGUUUGAGGGGCGCAGAGGAGAGAAGAGAACCUACCUUUCAUUGCCUAGACCAGGGAAGCAUUCAGCAAAUCUUAAAAUGGUAAAACCUGUCAAGCUGGAUGCUGAGGAACAGACAACUAUAGCAAAGCUGGGACUGGAGCUGAGGCUUCUGACGUCUGACGUGGAUUCAGAAAGUGAGAAGUGGGAGGACCAGGAGCAUGAGAUUGUCCGACAGAGCCAGUGUAUGUCCAGUAUGGCAUAUUCAAUGUAUUUAUUCACCAGAGGGGAGGGCCUCCUGAAGACAACUCAGGAUUUAUUUCACCAAGCUGAGGUGUUUGCUGAAGAGGGGUAUAAACUGAAUUCUUCACUGCAAGCUUUUUGUCUCCAGCUCCGUGACAAUGAAAGAGCGGUCUUAGCACCAGAGAUGGAAAAGCUUGUGGUUCUGUGUCAGCAACUCCAUGCCAGUGCAAAAACACCUGUGCAAGGAAAAAACGCCACUUUCCUUAAGGUCGAUUCGUCUAUUCAGAAUACCAAAAGCAUUAUAAAUGUGAUUGUUUACAUCCUUCCACUCUGCAAUCAAAUAAUCAGAAAGAAUAAAUUGGAGAAAAGCAGCCUGGAGUCUUCUCAGAGUUGGGGUGAAAACCAGUUUCACACUCCUGCUAAUGAAGACAGGCUCAGUGAGAAGACCGCAAACGGCUUUGGCGUGAAGUCCCUGGAACAUCACAUGGCCAGUCUGACGUUUCUAGAAAGCAAGUGAAGGUAUACUGCAGCAGUGAUGAGAACUGACUGAGAAACGCAGGGAGACUUGGGUAUUUGUGUUUGUCUGACAAAAGAAUUACUCACAGGUUUGACCGGGCAGUAUCGCUCUCAUAGAUGGUGUUCUUGUUUGUAACAGGCCAGCAGUUCUCCGAUGCUGGCACAUGAACUGAUCCCAAAGAUAAUUGAAUAUGCUUCUGUGUCCCCCAGCUUGGUCACUUUCAUUAAACGUAUGCCUACCAGUGAAGUCAAAAAGGUUCAUUUUAAACGUUCCAAGGAAACAAAGACCCUACUUGUGCAUGAGUGUUUUUAUA